AUGGACAUGAAUUCGAUUUGUUCUUUGCCACCGAUUGGCCAUCCUCCGCCAAAGAAAAUUCCAGAGUUUCCAACGUCUAAUUCUUCAAUCGAACAUAUUCGUAGUUUACCAUCACCACCCAUUGUUGAACCUCUGAACGAAAAAGGGGGUCAACAUCUUCCACCGUUGACGUCAAUUCUGCAAGAUACGACAACUCCCUUACCUCCUUCGAUACAAUUCUCAAAGCCGCCGCAGCACAUUUUAAACCCAGCCAUUCAUAACUCACCGAUCGCUCCUAAUCAACCUAACCAUUCCUCGAUGGGAUCUCAAUUAUCUUCUUUAAAUAAAAUCGAAAGUUAUCCUGGUUAUCAUGAAUCGAGUCAAAGUUCGAUGACUGAUGACAUACAUCCUCGACCGACGAUAAGAAAACCUUCGUAUGGUCCUUCUCUACCGUCAAUUAAUUCAAAUUCUUAUGGUACAUCUGCACCGCAACGACAGCCCUGGCAACCUGUCGAGCAUCAACAGCCUUAUCAUUAUCAACAACCUUUACAAUCUCCUAUUCAUUCGCUACCACCACCACCGUACUUAUAUGACCAGCAACAGGCGACGCGAUUCGGUCAUGGUCUUCCUGUUCCACCACAACAUUCUAAUUAUCCCCAAUAUGGUUCUUACCUAAGUAGAGAUAAUUCCGAAUCUCCUUAUGUUCAAACUACUGAGCCACCUUUGGUUAAAUUGGGAAAGGUCGUUGACCAUUGUAGUCAAAUUUCUCAGUUUGCCUCUCAGUAUCGUGAUGUGCGCCUUAGUCAAGGUUCAUGGAAUUCUAUUACAUUUCAAGUUAAUGAAGUUCAAUUGACAAAUAUAAUAAACAGAGCUUACGAUGUGCUAAAUAUUUUGACCGGAUUAAAGAAUGAAGUUACCUCAAGAAAUUCUGAUCCUUCAAUUGCUGGUAACGAUGAUUUACUUGACCUAAAUCGAAAACAGCGCCCUGAUAUGGCCUCACAACGCACAAAAUACAGAAAAAGAAGC